GUUUAAACGCCAUGUAUCGUCCAAUGCCAUUCCGUUUGACUUUCACACCGGAUAAUAUGCUCACAGUUUCCACCAUGUGUGAGCAGGAGAUGCUAACUUUACCUCAUCGCGACAGACGCCUCGGCUAGCUACCUGAAGCAGCGGAGUUAACUGGUGAAGCAGUGGUGUCAUGAAACCUUCAAUAAUUUUUAACAGAGCUUUUGUUAGUCAUUGUCUAUUAAACAGAGGCAAUGUAGAGCUGCUCGGCUUUAAAGUGUGCAUAUUAACCGUUUGGGUAAAACUACAGCUAGUUUACUAAUCUAUUCUCAUAGCGGCUACUUUGUCCAACUACCAGCAUCGUCACGUUAACGUUAGUCCAUGUGCCCUCCUCUCCUCACUGUAAAAUAAGUUGAUUCACCAUCCUAUUAAUUGUGUGUGUGUGUGCUGUCAGUGCUGUCAUUGGUGCCGCUGGCAUUCAUUUGGAGCCUGUAAGAGCUGGCUGUUGCAAGAGGUCAGCUAUGGGGCCGAGAAAAAGGUCACAGAGAGAAAUACAUGAACUUGAAGGUUUGGUUUUUAAACAUGCACGGAUUAAAGAAUCUGGUGAGAUCCACCGUAUGCCAAAAUCAUUGAGAUUUAACCUUGCUGUGGCUCAGAGGUUGUCAAAAUGCAGGGUUCAGGCGUCUCCCGUGCUUGUAUUUAUCAUCUGAAGUUACACAAGCACGGUGAGGGGACUAUAACGUUACUAGUGAACACCUGAAAAUGAUAUUUGUGGAUCCUACAGUGGCUCGUAAAACUAACAAAUGACAGACGUUUGGUUAUUACGUUCAAACGUGUGUGCACUAUGGGUGGAUUGUUGACUGACUUCAAGUUCUGAUGUCUUUACUGAAGCAGUCGUUGUCAAUGGUAAUCUUGGGUUUCAGACUCGCUCCAACAAUGCUAAUUAAAUUUGUAUAAAAAAAGAAUGAAAACCACUAGUAAAACAAUGUGAAUCUAAGAAGACAUGCAAGUUAAAAUAUAGGUCUAAAAUAUAACCUAAUAAAUGUAGAGUGUCUGUCUUUUAACACGGAUUAGACACCGUUAUACCAUAUACAUAAAUGCCUUCACAGCUGUCACUAAUGUCUGAGUUGUCAUCGACCAUUUGUCUCAUGCAUGAAUGAAGCUGCCUCCUCCUGUCUAUUCCAAGGCUGGACCGGUGUAAAUGAACGCACCUUCAUUGCUGUAAAACCAGAUGGCGUGCAGCGGAAGCUGGUGGGAGAAAUCGUGCAUCGCUUUGAAAAGAGAGGUUUCAAACUGGUGGGCCUCAAACUUGUGCAGGCAUCAGAGGAUCUUCUGAGGGAACACUACUGGGAACUGAGGAGUAAGCCUUUCUUUCAGGGACUGAUAAGCUACAUGAGCUCUGGACCAAUCGUAGCAAUGGUGUGGGAGGGUUUGGACGUGGUCAAGACCGCACGCAAGAUGUUGGGAGAGACCAAUCCUGCUGACUCGCUGCCUGGAACCAUCCGAGGAGAUUACUGUGUAGAAGUGGGCAGGAACGUGAUCCACGGCAGUGACUCUGUGGAGAGCGCCCAGAAGGAAAUCUCUCUGUGGUUUCGACAGAACGAGCUUCACUGCUGGGAGGACAACAGCAGCCACUGGAUCUACAACUGACGGUCUACGUGUGCUGUGUGUACUCCUGUAGGUAAACCAGUGUUUAUAUUGCUAUCAUUACAAGAUGGAUCACAUCAUACCUCAGAUACAUAUCUUUUGGGGCUUUAGUAGCUUGUAGCCACAUGGGAUGUCCUUUCUUUUCAUAACAUUUAUUUUGUAUCUAUCUGAACUACAUUUCUGAGGUGAAAUUACAUUACAAAGCAAUCAUGCACUAAGCGAGCAAUACUUGUUAACAUGACAGUGUCUGCUUCCGUUACAGUUUUCAUUGUCGUCUUCCCGUUAGUCCAGACGCUAGCUCGUGUUUAUAGUUUUUAAGCAAUAAGCUUGGAAUGUGGAGCAAUAAAAGGUUUUGAUUCCUGUUUAUCGGGGGUUAACACAUCAGGGAAUGGCAAGUGAAUAGCUGCAUUUAAAUCCACCCUAAAGGUUGAUUUCUAAAAUAUACAUGUUUCUCCUGUAGUAGUACUUGCAUUGAAAACUCAUGAAAAUGGGAGCAAUUAACACAAUUAUUGCCUUUCUACAAACAUGUUUUUUUUUUUUUUUUUCCAGUUUCCUGUACCUUUAUGUAUGUAAGGGUGUAAAACGGAUUGUCACAUUACUUGGGACAAGUUUCAAAAAUAAGACGCUUAACAGCUUUCGAUGAGCUCUUAUUUUGUAAUUUGUCAGGCUUAGUUUCCAAAUUAAAGAUACUGCACUGAAAUAAAUGCGCUAGUAUAUUUAGUUCUAUAAAACUUUUAAUUUCUCCAAUAGCUGCUUUUGUCCUAUGAUGCUGUAUGAAUUGUUUUGGAAUUGUCUAAAAACAAA